AUCGCCCAUUGUGCUCGUUGGUGUUCCUUUUUUUUUUUUUCCCUCUCUCGCAGAGAAUCAGAGAUCAGAAGAUACUCGCACGAGAUCAUCUUGCAUGGAAAAUCAGUAAUUUUAUUAUCAGCUGCUUAUCAGGGGCUUAUCAGUGAAGAGAGAAGAUGAAUGGGGUAUAUGAAGAGCUUGAUGAAGUUAAAGCUGAGAAUCAAAAGCUCAGGACAGACUGCAAAAGCAAAGAAGACAUGGUUGAGAACCUGAAAAGAGUUCACAGUGACCAGCUCCUCAAAAUUCAAGAAGCAAAUUUGAAAAUUGAGAAGCAGGCCCAAGAGCUGAAUGAAAAGGAGGAGGAAAUCUCUUCACUAAGGCAAAUGUUUGAAGAUCUAAAAAGCAGUUUGAACGAAAAGGAGUCCAUCCUCAAGCGUGUGAAAUCUAUUAAUGAUAAGCUCAGGGUUAACUGUGAAGAGAAGUGCCAAAUGUUGAAAGAGGAAAAUGGAAGAUUGUUUUUGGCUUUAGAUGAAGCAAAUGAGAAGAACAUAGAUCAAGGGCAACAAAUUAAUGUAUAUAAGGCAGAGAUUGAAGGUCUCAAGGGACUUCUGUCAACAUCACAGAAUAAGUGCAUUGAAGCAGAGAGAAAAGCCAAGGCUCCCAAAGAACUGAGAGAAAGAGAUGAUAUGUUGCUGAAAUUAGAGGAAGAAAAUAGUAAGGUUGAAGAUCAGCUAAAAUGGAAGAAAGAGCAAUUCAAACAUCUAGAAGAAGCACAUGAAAAUCUUCAUGGUCAGUUCAGGUCAAGCAAGAAGGAGUGGGAAUUGGAAAAAUGUACCCUGCUUGAUGAGAUUUCUUCAUUACAGGCAAGCUUAGAUUCACAGACUAGAAUCUCAGAAGAUCUUAAAAAUCAGUUACAGAGGUGUAACCAAGCACUGGCCCAUGAAGAAACUCGAAGGAAGUAUCUGGAAGUUCAAGUUUCUGAGUUCAAAACAAGGUAUGAAGAUGUUUUUGCUGAGUGUCAGGACACCAAGUCACAACUAGAUGACCUGACUGUCCAAAGAGACAAGGAAAUUGCAACUUUGAGACAUUCCCUGAGCACGAAAGAUACGUUAUACAAAGAAAUAAAGUACCAAGCAGGAAAACUUGAGCAAGAAAAUCAAGAGUUGCUGACCUCACUCAGAGAACUGCAGGAAGCUAGGAUUCAAGAAGCAGGAAGUCCUUCUCUGGCCAAACUACAAAAGAAGCUCAAAAGUGUGGAGCAGAUGCACAAAAAUUGCUCCACUAAUCUUAGGAACAAAGAAGCUGAAUGGAGCUCUCAACUGGAAAAGGUGAAUGUGGACUUAAACAACUAUAGAUCUCAGUUGGAAGGCAAAGAUAAAGCAUUAAAACGGCUUGAGAUGGAAUUAGAAGGUUGUCACUCUUCGGCAAUGCAAUUGAAAUUGCAGAAUGAGGAGAUUUCUAUGAUUUUAAUGGUGUUGAAGUCAGCAAUAGCAGACGCACAAUCAAAGCUUGCAAAUGAUGAGGCUGAAAGGCAUUUCCAUGAGAAGGAUGAAGAAAUGAAGUUUAUGGGAUUGACGAAGCAGCUGGAGAUGAAGAAUACUGCUCUAGCUAAAGCACAAAAAGAUAUUGAAGAAGAACGUGAAAAGACCACAGCCUUAUUGAGGAGGGUUGAAUGCUUGAAUCUUAUUGAAGAUCAGCACCUCCAAACAUUGAAAUUGCUUUGCUUCAAAUUAUACGUUUUGAUUCAAUGA